CUUCAGUGAAGAAGAAACAGCGAAAGCGCGAUUACUGUAAGAAGACUGGAGUUUAAAACCAUGGCGCCUACCUCUUAGGAGAAUAAUCCUACACAUGUCUACUGUUCCCUUGGGUCUCCUCUUUAAAAACACCACGCUUAGACAAGAGGUUUGUGAGCUUACGGGACGUCCCACUCUAGUGCAAAUGCUUUCCCCCUAGCAUUAGCACAAUAAGGUAAAGAAAGCCCAAAUGGAGGAAGAACUGAUGGAGUCCGACUCUGUCGAAACGUCCAGCCCAGGACCCUUCCUAGGGGGGAGUCCUGAAGCCUGGGCCACUGUGUCUGCAGCUUUGUUGGACCCAGGGUCUUCUGCGUCGGAGCAGUGUGUGUCCGAGGAGCUCGCCGUGUUGUGUACGAGUGGACUGGGCAGGCAUCUAGAAUCCUGGCUACUGAAUAGGCUGCAGACAAGCCUGGCGACAGCGGUGGCGCCCGAGUUUUUGGCUGGACUCGAACAGCCGGAGAAUGAACUGGAGGAGAGGGACAGAGCCCGGGUCCUUCUGGAUGCCUUUCACACCCUGUUGGAGAAGCUGGAGCCUUUCAUAGGGGGCCUGGAGACGCUGGGGCGCUGGCAGGAAGAGGGCCGCUGCGGGCUGUCGGGCCCCGGGGCCGAGGCCCUCCGCGACCGGGCCUUCACCAUCAUCAGGGCGCGGCUCCUCUUCUCGCCGCCGGCCGCCCUGCGGCGCCGCGUGCUGGAGUUCUACAGCCGCACCUUCUCGGUGCACAUGAGCCGAGAGGGCCGGGGCCGGGAGGGGGGGUCCGCGGAGGACGGGGGGCCCGAGGACGGGGGCGGAGCCUGCCCCGGCUGCGUGGGCCCCGCGGGGCACUGCUGGUGCCAGGAGGCCCUGUUGCAGCUGCAGGAGCUCAGCGACAUACUGCGCCGUCUGCAGCUGCUGGAGCAGGUGAGCAGCGAGGCAGUGACCUCCAUCAUGCACAAGCUGCUGGAGCAGCGCAUGGAGCAGCACUGCAGGGGCGAGUACGAGCGCUCCUUCCUGGUGGACUUUGACGAGUGGCUGGAGCUGGUCUUCGGCUGGCUAGACCGGGUGUUCGCCAGCACAGAGGAGGAGGCGGCCGCCGGGAGCCCCCAGGGGUGGACCCCCCAGGGGUGGACCCACACCUUGGGGCCCGGCGCGGCCGUCCGGGGCUCCGGCAGCAUGCUGGAGCAGUGGCGGCGCCACAUGCACCAGUUCUUCUGCCGGGUGUACGUCAACAUGCGCAUAGAGGAGCUCUUCAGCAUCAUCCGAGAUUUCCCGGAGUCCAAACCCGCGAUAGAAGAUCUGAAGUUCUGUCUGGAACGAACCAAUCAGAAGCAGCAGCUGCUGACCUCGCUGAAGUCUGCGUUUGAGAGCCGCCUCCUUCACCCAGGGGUCCACACGUCGGACAUCCUCACGGUGUACAUCUCGGCCAUCAAGGCCUUGAGGGACCUGGACCCGUCCAUGGUGAUACUGCAGGUGGCCUGUCAGCCCAUCCGCAAAUACCUCCGGACACGGGAGGACACGGUGAGGCAGAUCGUGGCGGGGCUGACGGGGGACACGGAUGGCUGCAUCGACCUGGCCAACGAGCUGUCCCGGGCCGACCCCGUCACCCUGGAGAUGCAGGACAGCGAGGACGAGGGCGGGGCCCUCGAGGACUGGCUGCCGGACCCCACCGACGCCGUCAAGGACAAGACGGGCUCCAAGCGACGCUCCUCUGACAUCAUCAGCCUGCUGGUCAGCAUCUACGGCAGCAAGGAGAUCUUCAUCGACGAGUACCGCACCGUGCUGGCCCACCGCCUGCUGCACCAGCUCAACUACAACACCGCCCGGGAGAUCCGUAACGUGGAGCUUCUGAAGCUGCGGUUCGGGGAGUCGCACAUGCAUUACUGCGAGGUGAUGCUGAAGGAUGUGGCCGACUCCCGCAGGAUCAACGCCAACAUCCGGGAGGAGGAGUCGAAGGCGGGGGCGGGGCCGGGGGAGGAGCCUCCGACGCCCCCGCCCACGCCUCUGGCCCUCUCCGCCAUGAUCUUCUCCUCUGAGUUCUGGCCCCAGCUGAAGGAGGAGAAGCUGGAGCUGCCCCCCGCUGUCUCCCAGGCCAUGGAGGCCUACACGCACCGCUACGAGAAGCUCAAGGCCAUGAGGACGCUGAGCUGGAAGCCCCACCUGGGCUCGGUCACCAUGGACGUGGAGCUGGAAGACCGGGUGCUCACCGACCUCACCGUGUCGCCCAUCCACGCCGCCAUUAUCCUGCACUUCCAGGACAAGAGCUCGUGGAGCCUGGAGGAGCUGAGUGCCAAGCUGGGCGUGUCCAAGGAGACGGUGCACAGGAAGCUGGCGCUGUGGCAGCAGCAGGGGGUCCUGCGCGAGGAGGCGGGGGGCCAGUACUCGGUGCUGGAGACGGGCUCGUCCCGCGAGCGGCUGGAGCGCAGCGUGCUGCUGAUGGACAGCGACGAGGAGGGGGACUCCAACACCACCACGCAGCUGGAGCAGCGCGAGGAGAAGCUGCAGCUGUUCUGGGCCUACAUCCAGGCCAUGCUGACCAACCUGGAGAGCAUGACCCUGGACCGCAUCCACUCCAUGCUGCGGAUGUUCGUGGCCACGGGGCCCGUCGUCACGGAGAUGGACGUCAACGAGCUGGAGGCCUUCCUGCAGAGGAAGGUGCGGGAGCACCAGCUCAUGGUGUCGGCGGGUGUGUACCGGCUGCCCAAGGCCAACUGAAGGGGGGGGCCUGGGUACAAACUCUACACGGCCAGGCGCCUCCGACCGGGUGCUACAGGCGGUUGAAGUGGAGCCCCCCCC